GUGGAGGUAUACGUCGACGGCGGUGGCGGGUUGACGGACGUUUUCCAAUCGGUGUCGGUCUGGUUUCGUAGUUUUCGCCGUUCGGUUCGACGUACUGCUCCGUCGCUGUGUACGCAGUCCGUUCGUGGUGGUAGUCGACCGGUCCGCAGUUGCGAAUGGUGGUGCGCUUAGCGUUUUCGAUUUACGAAUACGAUUUUUUGUCCAUCGCCGUUUCCAUUGUAAUCGAGUGUCUCGUUUUCCCUUCGCAAUUCGUAUUGUUUACUUCGGCCGCCGUCGGAUUUUUCAACCGAAGAAUAUCACCAUGUAAGUCGGCGUUACGUUCUUCUGCUCCUCAAAGGCCCUGUCGGGAAAACGGCAAGCGUCCGAAAUCCUACAUGGCAGUUUAGUCCGCAGCCGACGAUCGCGAUUGAAUCCACCGAUCAGGGGGAUAGACACCUCCGCGAAGUAGGAACUACGAAAAUAUGACCAGUGGAGAACUAGAGGUAUUGCGAUGCGAAUCCAGUUUGUGGUCUGGGCACUAUUGCGCUCGAUGCCGGGCCGAACUAGGCCGGAUUAUUAAUAGAGGUGCUAACUGCCGUGCUUGCCGUGAACGGAUAUGCAUGUCUUGCAGAGAAUACUCUACUGCCGCAAAUGCUCCUGAAUGGCUAUGUAUUCGAUGUCACAAAGAAAAAGUCGAGUCACUGGAGCCGGCAAAAGAAUGGUUCGUUGAUUUUUUGACGACAGAAAAUAUGAAGUUCCCGAAAAACGAAACGAAACUUGGCAGAUCUUUGACGUUCAAAGAUUCGUCUCCGUGGUCGGCCGUCAGAGGAUCUCCCGAACUGCGGGCUUACAGCAGUAUGCCACGGGGUAGCGUGUCAUGGCCCCAGCGGAACAGCGGUAUCAAGACCAGCGGCCGUGGACCAAUGCCUUUGCAGUCGACCACGGCCGUCACCGCGCACGACGGUGGAUCGCCGGUCGGUGUCGAGCUCGACGUGGUAACGGCCACCGAUAACCAAACAGCGAUUCGUCAAUCUACGGCCAACAUCACCGUCCACCUUGUGGACACUUGUGGUCGAGUCAUAGAUUUACGACCCGUGGUCUUCGAGACGACGUCAGCGGCGGCCACCGCUUCGCAGCUGUCGUCAUCCGACAAUGUCGAACAGCCCGGUGGCAGUGGUAACGGCGCCGCGUCCGAGAACGACCGCAAAGAACACGCGAUGAUCCCCGUUUUGACCGAAUGUCCGUCCAGGAUACAAGAGGAUCUCAAACAUAUUCCACCCGGGGUCACGCCACCACGGAGUCGGCGUUUUCUUCGGCGGGACCCUUUCCUAUAUGAAGACAUUUGCUCGAGCACCGUCAGCAGCCGUACCAAGGAUGACUAUCGGUUAGUGUUCCUGAACGGAACCGACUGGUCGUCGGAUGACGGCGGCGGUGGUGGCGGCCGGCAAACAUCGUCCAGCCUGUCGGCCGAAGACGAUUGCGAUUGGGACUAUUUUAUGGCCGGACUAGACGACGAUAACGGCCAGCCGCAACCGACACAGCAACAACAACAACAACAGCAACAGCAACAAACACAGCAGCGACUUCAGGCGGCAGGUGGCGCAGGUACCGGUAGUAUUGGUGCCGCCGACGACGACCGGCUAACCGGCUGCGGUGACGGUGGCAGUGCUAGUAAACCGAGCGAGACCGACGCGCGCACAACAACGUUCGUUCCGGUCGUGUUGCCGUUCCCCGUGUUCGUGCCAGUGCCGAUCGUGAUACCGCCGGAGCGCGCGCCCAGCACGCUCACCACCGCGUUCGCCAACGUUUUGACCGAGUACUUCCGCGACAGGGAGGGCGCUGCGACCGCUGCGACCGCCGAACAUGUGAACGGCAACAAAGGCGCCGGUUGUAUUGUUGUGGAGAUGCCGGAACCUCCCGCGGCGGCUGUCGACGAGGGUGCUGUACUCACCAUGUACUCGACCCGCGCGGCCGCCCUCGACGCGAAAUCGCCUUCCGUCGCGUGUGGCGACGAUGAUCGCGACGGCGAGAUCGGAUAUUACUCGUCGUCUUCGUCUCCGUCCGACGACUCCGACGAUUCGGACGCGCAGCACAUCGCCAUGUCGUACGACGUAAACGACAGUCCGGACGACGAGGACGACGACGAUGAAGACGAAGACGACGGGUGCAACGUAAAGUUAUCCAGCAUUCUGAACUCGGCGGCCGCGGUCAAGUGUGCCACCGGCAACAGCAGUGCGUCUGACGAGUUUUCCGGCACCGAAUCCAUGGAACAGAUAUCCGUCGACGAAUCCUCCGCUGUCGCCAACGCCGCAAACUUGAGUGGCAAGUUUACCAGCUUGAUAAUGAUCACUCAAGACGAUAAACCGUCCGUAAACGUGAUCACCACCGACACGACCAAAAUAAUACCCGUUGUCGUCGAAGAUAAAGGAUUUAAACUCACGCUUGACACGUCAGAACCGGUUGAUGACAGCGAAGUGAAAGUCGUAACGGGUGGUGAUACAUUGUCGGCUGUAAUUGCGCUGGAAGAAGGGUUAGCCGAUGAUGAUUCUUGGGUUGAAGACUUGGAUAGGGAUGAUUUCAAAAAUGAGUCAUCUGAAGGCGAAGAAAUGUCGUUUGAGGAAGAACCUGAGUACAGAAGAUCUGCUUUGGAUUUUACAUUGCACACCAUUGUUGAAGAAAGUUGCGAGGAAAGUGAAGUAGAGUCUGACCGGAACAACCAGACCGAAUUAGAAAAAUAUUUUUUCUUUGGCCUUUGUGGUGAUAAAGAUCUUGAUACUAGUAGGAAUACAGAUGCGAAUUCUGAAACAAGUUCCAUUAUAAGUGAAGGUCUAGAAUCUCUAGAUAGCAUCGAACCACAACAAAUAGUCUCAGAUGUUGCUGGUUCUAGACUAGAACGAUAUUUCUUAAGUGAAUUCAUGGGCUUUGAUCGUCCGGAUUCUGACGGUAGUGUUGGAAGUGACAGCCCAGAACACAGUCCUGAGCAAAGGCGUAAACGAUUAGUCAGAGCUAGGGGAACAGGACGUCAACAUUCUUCAUUGGACAAUCUUACAGAAUCUGAACAACAAGUUGAAAUCCAAUUAGACCACGAAGACUCAUCAACAAGUUCAGAUUCAAAUGACGAGUCUGUAUUGUUUGAAAAAAGUGACGGUCAGUUUGAUACUGUCAAAAGAGGAAAAAAGAAGAAGAGAUCCGUUGUAACUGCUCCGACUUUGGAAGCAUUAGAAACUGAAGAAAAUGUGGAAAGUCCUAGUACUGUAGAUGAUAAAUUGGAUAAUAUAACAGAAAAUAUUAUUGUAACGGAAGAAAUAUUAACAGUUCCGGUGACAGAAAAUAAUCAAAAACCAAAUAGUAGUGAAAAUUUAACAAGAACCGACAGCUUUAAUAAUUGGAGUUCUGACGAAGAAACCAAUUUGAUGAUGUCUAAAAUGAGGGCCUUUUUUAAAACAAUGCUCGCAAACCAACCAAAACCAGAAGUACCCGGAGAAAAGAGCAAACCACCACAGCUGGUAAAAUUUGAAUCUGAAUUAACUAGAUUAAUGAAAACUGUGCCUGGUAUUAGAGAUGAACAGGUUAAAGAAAUUGUUGAAUAUUUAAGUAGCGAAGACACGUGGAGCGAUUCUUAUGAUUCAUCAGACUAUACGAGUUCUGAUUUAGAAACUGGAUCUAGAUUACAAGACGAAAAUAGAGAUACUGCGUUCGUCUAUCAAAAACUCAUGGCUUCAUUAAGAAGAAUAGAUGUGCCUAGUUCCGAUUCCUCUGCGUCUAGAAAUUCCCCCCCACUUGUCACCAAAGUCAUGACACAUAUCGGAAGUCGGCUCGUUGCAUUGAUGCACGCAGUCUCCGAGAACCCUGGUACGCCACGAGCUUCUAGGUAUCACAGACGAUCUCAUCAUCACAAACCUUCGAUAAUUUCGACCACAACGGAGGAAGAAGACGAAGGAGAAGAACAAUUUAAUAGCCCUCUUCCUAGGUCUAAGUCACACGAUCCGCUUUUAGAAGAAACACGACAAGAGGCCAGUGACAACGAACGAUUCAGCUGGAGAGGUAGUUUCGAGUCGACAUUAAUGAUGUCAGACUCACGGACCCGAUUAACAUCGAGUGGAGAGAGUUGUGUAACGCUCGCUGCUAAGAGACGUUCUGCCGGUGAUUUGUUAAUAAAAAGUGCCAACAGCAGUCGUGAACAAUUGGACCGAGUUCGUUCAUGUGGAAGUAUAGGAGGAAGCGUCGAAGACCGUAUUUGGAGGAAUGGUAGGAGACAUGGGAGCGUUCCUGAUAGUGGAGACUCUGGUGGUGAUAGUGAUGACGGUGGACCGACAAAUGGCUCUAAAUCCACCACGUUGCCUAGAAGUCUCCAACAAGCUAUAACUUCAUCAAAUACCAAUUCGUUACCCAGGCUUCCCACUACCCCGGUGCCGACUCCAAGUCCUUUAACUGGAAUAUAUAAAGCACAUAGUGUACAUCAAUUUAAUGUGAAGUCAGCUAGGUACAGACCACCAGGAUAUAAAAAUGUAUCAACGCCGCCACGUAGAGAAUACAACCGCAGGAGAAUGGCGCAGCAUCCGGGACAAGCACCAUCCAUGUCAACAUCACCAUCAUUGUCGUCGACCAACUACAAUUUCCAGUCGCCGUUAACCGGAGCUGGUUCUGCUAUUGGUGUCGACAUCGAUGGAACAUCGAUCGGUGGUGGUGGCUGUAGUAACAGAUCAGAACCUUUAUCAAAUUCCACGUGUUCAAAACUUGAAGACGAAAUGGAUAAACUACCGCACAGGAGCAACUCAUCGCUUGGCGUGACCAGAAGCGAUUCUAUGGCAUCCGUGUACUCAGGUGCUGGAGAAGGCAGGUACGGUACAGUAGCCAUUAGAGGCGAAGUAGAAUUCGGUCUUCAGUAUAACUACAAAGCUGCUCAGUUUGAAAUAAAUAUCAAACACUGUCGUGAUCUGGCAGCAGCCGAUCCCAAACGAAACAGAUCUGACCCCUAUGUUAAAGUAUACUUGUUGCCUGAUAAAUCAAAAGCUGGCAAAAGAAAAACUCGAGUUAAAAAACACACGAUGAACCCAAUAUUCGAUGAAGUGCUGAAAUACAGUUUACCUCUAGAAGAGCUCAAUAACAGAAUAUUGUGGCUAAGCGUGUGGCACUCGGACAUGUUUGGACGCAACAAUUUCUUAGGUGAAGUCCAACUUCCUCUUGAAAAUAAGAUAUUUGACGAUCCUUCACCUAAGUUCUACCCACUUCAGGAACGGAUUGAACCUUUGGAAGAUAUGUGUAUCAGUGCUAAAGGUGAAAUAAUCGUUGGUCUGAAGUGUGUUCCACCGGACCCGAACUCAAAGAAACGUACCAAAGGCACGUUACUUCUUCUAGUAAAAGAUGCAAAGAACCUUCAAGCAAUUAAAUCGAACGGCUCAUCCGACCCGUUUUGCAAGAGUUACUUACUGCCCGACAAAGGUCGCAGCUCCAAACAGAAGACCAACGUAGCCCGCAAGACGUGCAACCCGAAUUGGAACCAAACGCUCACGUAUCGGGACGUAUCCCCGGAAGAUUUGGCCGAGAGGAGUCUGGAACUGACUGUUUGGGACCACGAUCGGCUAGGCAGCAACGAGUUCUUGGGAGGUGUCCGCCUAUCAUUGGGCUCGGGGAUGUGUGAUGGUAAACCAGUGGAUUGGAUGGAUUCCAACGAAAAAGAAAUUGCUUUGUGGCAGCGAAUGUUAGAUAGACCAAACUUUUGGGUUGAAGGCUGCCUUACAUUAAGGCCAUCUUUAGAGUUAGCGAGCAAAAAUUAAAAUAAAAUUUUUUAUUAUUCAAUUUUAUUCUUCAAACAUGUUUUCAUAUAUUUUUUUUAUUUCAUUUUAUAUGUGUAUAUUAUAAUUAUUAUUACUACAUUGCUGGUCAGCGUAUACUUUGAUCAUUA